AUGGAGGUGCCUUGGAUUAUUCUAUUACUUUGGAUUGGGGGAACCGUGGGGCAAAGUUAUUUGACAGGCGAGCAUCGUCCACUUUGGAUACUGGAGGAUGGGUUGACCAAAAGGCAGAGACAGGAUCGUCCAGAAGCGGAUUAUGAAACGACCACCAGGAUAUCACCACUGAUGAUCCGGCGGCAGGGAAGAGUUGGAGGUGGAGGAGGAGGAGGUGGAGUAGGUCAGGCGGCUCAACCUGGACCCAUUACCUUUCUGGUUAGACAUGAAGAUCGGGAAGAGCCAGCUCCACCGCCGCCGCCACCGCCUCCAAGACUGCCCAACUUUCCCCGGCGGCGCUUCAUGAUGCCCCACCGUCUCCAGCUGCCCCAUCAGUAUGUGCAACCCAACCAGAAGACCAGAAGUCACCGGCGAGAGGGACGUCGCCAUCUGCCAGUUUUUGAUAAUGGUCCCGGGGAGAAUUCCCUGCAAUUGGGCAGGGAUAACUAUCCCAUUUUCGUUUACAACGGAACCAGGGGCGAACUGAUAUUGAACACCAUGCUGAGCAGGAGACGAUAUCCUAUGCAGGAACCUGUUCCAGGACAAGUUCUCUAUCCCCCAUCGACGCCCAUGUUCCGGCCCAAGCCGAUUGUGGAGCGAUUCCGUUUGCCAGGACAAAGGGAGAUGAUGAACCUGACCUUGAUACCCUUCUAUGCACAUGAGGCCAUCAGGGAUCCGGCUCUAACUAGCACUAGCACUAUUCUGCAGGAAACCACCACUCCCUCACCACCACCACCAACUCCUCCGCCCUAUGAGACACAGCUGCCCAGGAUCGAGGAAAUGACCAAGCUGGGCAAGCGGAAACGGAAGAAAGCCAAGCAAUAUGAGGCUUUCCAUUCCCCCCAAGAAGUGAUGCAAUGGCAAUCGGUCCUGCGAAGAUCCACUGGUCAUAACGAUAAUCAUCGUCAAUAUGCCAGUGAGGAAAUGGAACCAGAAGAUCAUAGCGAGUUGGGGGACGUAAACAAUGGUCUAGAGGAGGAGGAGCACGAGGAGGAUAUCGAGGAACAGGAAGACUGGUUAACGGAACAGGAAACCGAAACGGAGGUGGAAUUGCCAACAGAAACCUCCACCGCAAGCAGCAGUGAACCCUUCCACAUCGUCUACUUCGAUGAGAGUCUAGAGCGACCCGUUGUGGAAUCCCUGUCCACCACCACUCCACCACCACCUUUGCGACAGAGCUCUCGAUAUGCCUUAAAAAGGGAAUACUACGCCUUUCCAGUUUAUACGCUGGGUAAGCUGCUUCAGCCCACCAAUCCCUCCAAGAAAAUGCUGGAGAAGAGCGAUCGCUCGGCCAGAAGUUCUUCGGAGAGGGAGGCCAGCACUUGGUUCAUCCUGAAUUCACGUUACAAGGGUCCCUACCACCGAUCAUUGGGAAUGGAUAAUCAGACCAAGUACUACACCUCCAAGUACAUAGAGAAUGGCUUUAGACCCCGUAGAUAG